GCGCUCCAGCUCAUUUUUCUCGGGCUCCAACUCGACCACACGGUCACGUGGUCGUGGCUCGUUGUCUUCAUCCCGAUGUGGGUGCCGACUGCCACAUGUGGCCUCUUCUUCUUGAUCACCGUGUGCGCUGCGUGCUUUAUCGAUACCUCGUCGCGACUGAGUGGACUCGGCCUGAGGCUUUUGGCGUGUCUCGGCUUUGGGCUCCUCGUCGCGCCCCAAGUCCUCCUCCUUGUCCGGCUCGGGUCGGCCACGUUCUCGGCCGUGUACAUUAUUCUGCCGUGGCUUAUCCUCAUGGGUCUAGUGGCCUUUGCGGGCAUUGCCGCGGCCAUGUUUCUGGACUUGGACAACCUCAUGAAUGUACCUGCCACGACGCCGCAUGAAGAUGAAGCCUAGUGCGCUCGUCACUCAGAGAACACCACACAUGCGAACGUUUGGACUACA